AUGGACAAGCUUCGAAAGGCGGUGCACAAGGGCGCUGUGGAGGAUGUGCGCAGCCUUGUGCUCACCGGCGCAGACGUCAAUGCGUUCGACAAAAAGGGAGUCAAUGCGCUUCACGUUGCCGCUGAGAUGAACGACUUGGAGUUACUCGAGGCGCUGCUCGAGAGCCCCCAGGCCGACGUCAAUAUCAUCGAUCGGGUUCAGGGCUGGACUCCGAUCGUCUACUGCCUCUCUGCGUGUGGAGGCGACACGACUCUUCUCCGGCGGCUCCUGAAGGUCCCCGGUUGCAAGCUGGACACGCCCGAUCCCGACGGCAACACUGCGCUCCACUGGGCCGCAACGUUGAAUCAGCCAGAGGCGGCGGAAGUUCUCAUCAAUCGCGGUGCCGCGCGAAACGCUGUUAAUCACGCUCGAGAGACGCCUCUGCACGUGGCGUUGAAGGAAGGCAACGAAGAGACAGUCGAGCUUCUCGUCGAGAAGGGCGCCGACGUCAACGCGAAGGAUGAAGAGGGCCGGACGCCUCUCCUCGUGGCCCUUGACUUGGGAAACGUCAAUCUAGCGAACCGCUUGCUUCACUCGGAGAAGCUCGAGCUGGAAAAACACACGGACGGCGCUGGAAAUACUCCCAUCCACAUCGCCACCAUGGAGGGUCUCGACGGCUUCGUGGAGAAACUCGUGGCUCGGGGCUUCUCGCGCGACGCCCGCAACUUGGCCGGCUUGACGGCGGCGGAUUUGCAGGCGCAGCAGCAGCGCGAAGCUGAGGAGAAAGCGCAGUGCCAAGCGGCAGCCAAAGAGGAGCGCGAGCUGCGGAGGCGGCAGCAAGCCGAGGAAGACAUGCGGAGCACAGAAGUCUCGAUUUUCUGCCGAGAUUACGGCCUUUCAGACGCCGUUGCCGACAUCUUCUACAAGAAGAAGUUCCGCUACCUCGACGAUGCAUUUUUCGGCCUGAGCAGCUCGAUGCUGAAGAAAUUUGGCUUGUCCAACGAGGACCGCGAAAAACUCGAGCAGGCAAUGCGUAUGCGUUUUCUGUCGGUCUCGCAGGCUCGAGAAGAGUACCUGGAGAGGUCGGAACGCGAACAACGGGAAGCGAUUGGGGAACUUGAGAAGCGGGCAGCGCAAAGAAGGACCUUGGUUCGUCUUCUUGGUUUCGUGGUCGUUGCCGUUGUUUUCCUGCUGCUCUACUUCGGUCUGGAGAUCUUCAUCGCGCAGGACGGCAAGAAGAGACGCUGA